AUGGCUCACAACACCAACUUCCCCAAUGGUGGUCCCAAUAAUACGGCAUCGUCGUCGGCAGACGGGCCCAGAAAGGUUCCCAUAUCCAUGUUGCUCAGCAAUGAGGAGCAAACCGCAAUGGGUAUUCUCCCUGCCUCACAUUGGCAACAGCAAUUCACAGACGACGAAAACGACGAAGAUGUUGUCCCCAGGGCCAGGACCGCAUCGCUCACCGAGUCCAUCUUUCAGUAUCGCCAUAUCCAUGGAAGAACCUACCACAGCGAUCUCGGCAAUGCAGAAUCGUGGGAACCCAAUGAUGAGCGUCAUAUUGAUGCAAUGGAGAUUGCCCACCACGCUUAUAUGGUCACCAUGGGCCACAGGUUGUAUUGCGCUCCACUCGACAAGAACAAGGUGCGAAAGGUGUUGGACAUUGGCACAGGAAGUGGUCUGUGGGCAAUUGACUUUGCCGACGAAUUCCCCGAAGCCGACGUCGUCGGUACCGAUGUCACCCCUAUUCAACCUUCCUGGGUGCCCGCCAACGUCAGGUUUGAGCUUGAUGAUUGCAAUCAAGAAUGGACCUGGCCACCCAACACCUUUGACUUUAUCCAUGCGCGCAUGCUAGUUGGCGUUAUCGAUGACUGGUAUUUGUUCCAUCGCCAGGCCUUCCGGACUUGUAAACCGGGUGGCUACGUCGAAACGUUGGUCGCCUGCACCACUUUUCAAUGCGACGACGGUGUCUGGCAUCCUGAGAAGGAAGCAGCGGAAAUCGGUCUAUGGUGGAAGUUAGCUAUCGAGGCGGACCUUGAAGGAUACCUCAAUUACAUCUUCAAUAUCGUGGUGGGGUGGACUCCGGAGGAGACCAAGUCGUAUGCCGACCGAGUCAAGAAAGAGUGGAAUAAUCCUAAUAUUCACGGUUAUGUUAUGGCACGCAGUGCAUGGGGACGGAAGCCAGAGUAGGUCCCAGAGAACACUCAGAAGGCUAGAUGAUUUUGGACUGUCCUGUGGCUUAGGCCCGUACGGCUCUUGGAAUCAAACUUGAACGACAUUGAUGCC